AUGACCACACAAACCCAGCCGGAUCACCGCGUCAAGGCCGAGGAUACGGCCGUUCUGGAUCGUGAAGUCGGGCUAGGUGAGACUGAGAAGCCGUACCGGCCUGCUCGGUGGCAGAGCAACCUGACCAUCUUGAGCUGUUAUAUCGCCAACUUCAGCGAUGGGUUCCAGAACGGCCUGGCCAAUCCAACCAAUGUCAUCUUCAAGAAGCUCCUGGGAAAGAACGGGUAUCCGUCUGAGAUGCAGACCCGGAUCAGUAACUCGUUGAUCAUUGGUGCGAUUCUGGGUGUUGUUGUUCUUGGGUAUGUCUCGGAUAUGGUCUCGCGACGGGCUGGGCUCCUUUUUACUUCGGGGUUGGUUACUAUUGCUACUUUGAUGGCGGCUUUGGCGUUGCAGGUGCAUCCUUCGCACAACAUGUUGUGGUUCUUUGUCAUUGUGCGUGGGAUCUGUGGGUUUGGUGUUGGUGGAGAGUAUCCCCCCAGCGCUGCUGCUGGCCUUGAAGAGUCGGACGAUUUCCAACGCCGUUACCGUGGCCCUGUCUUUGUCUCGUUCACGACCCUAAUGGCAACCCUUGCCUCCCCAAUUUUGAUGAUCAUCUAUCUGAUCUGCCUCAAAGCGAGCAACAACAACCUUCACAUCACCUUCCACGCGAUAUACUCUAUCGCAACCAUCCUCCCCUUCACAAUCAUGUUGCUCCGCUUCUUCAUGGCCGACUCAACCCUAUAUCACAACUCCAACUUUAAAGCGAGCCCCCAAAACCGCACGCCACGCUUCUACUUCCUCCUAGUCCGCCGCUACUGGCCACGCCUCCUAACAACCUCCACGGCCUUCUUCCUCUACGACUUUAUCAACUUCCCCAACAGUAUCAUGUCAUCCACCAUCAUCGCUUCCUUAGUGGAAGACGGCAACAUCCAAACAACCGCUAUCUGGCAGGUUAUCCUCGCCGUCCUACCCGUGCCCGGCGUCAUGCUAGGCGCAUACCUUACCAACGCCAUCGGCCGCCGCAACACCGGCAUCCUCGGGUUUGCGGGCUACACCGUGACAGGUUUCAUCAUCGGCGGGCUCUUCACAAAACUCUCGCAGCACAUGGCUGCCUUUGUCGUCCUCUACGGCCUCCUCAACGCCUUUGGACAUAUGGGGCCAGGAGCAACCAUCGGACUUAUCUCGUCAGAGUCCUUCCCUACGGCCAUGCGCGGGAUGGGGUAUAGUAUUGCCUUGGCGUUUGGGCGGACUGGGGCAGCGGUGGGUACGCAGUGUUUUACCCCGUUGAGGGAGAGGGGGGGUAAUAGUGCGACGUUUUAUUUAGCUGGCGGUGUGGCGGUGCUGGGCAUGAUUGUUUAUUGCUUUCUGCCUGAGAGUCGCGAGUUGGAUCUUGAAGAGGAGGAUAGGAAGCUGGAGGCUUAUCUAAAGGAGAAUGGGAUUGAUAUGGCAACAUGA